GUUGCACCUGCGCGAAUCGUUACCUUUAAGAUGCUCGAGGGAUAAAGCCUCGAACCGGACACCAUUCAACUAGGAGUUCGGCCAGCCCGGUCCGGUCCGUUUGGUCGACCUUUGUUCCUGACCGACAGCCGCGGGGAGGUUCUGUUCGGCACUGUGGACGGAUUAACGGCCGAGCGGAGGCUUUAAAUGUCGGAGGAAACCCACGGCACGAGACGGGGUCCGCGCGGAGGGAGCACGAGCCCAACCCUUUCCCUUUAAAGCGCCGACAGAGGGGGGAGAAGAAGAGAUCAAAGAGGAGAGGGAGGAGGGAGCGAGGAAAAAAACAGAAAGAUGUCCUCCAAGCACCGAGGCGGAGCCACGCACCAAGGCCGGCCGAGGGCCUGCUGAACAGGGGAGGAGCUGCAGGCAACACCGAGGCUUGGAUCCUGCAGCCAAGGCCUUCCUGGAGAUCCGAAUAAAACUGACCCGAAAAGAUCUGCAGAUCAGAACCGACACGGUCCAGCUGCUCGUCCGAAUCAAUAUUACCUCCAGCCUGCAUGCACUUAACUGGUUUUAUUCCAGCAGACUGAAGAUGUUUGUAUUAAAAUGCACCAUGACACCAACCAUUCCGCCGCAUUUACAAGCCAUUAUCAUUACUGGGCCAUAACGGAAGCAGAACCGAGCCGUGCAGGGUUAGUUGAGCUGAACGUCGUCAGUUAACAUCCUGACAGGCAGACAGGAGCCACCGGGCCCCAGAUCCAUUAUCAAAGCAUUUCUCCCUGGGCUCCCGGGCCCUCCUCUUUCUCCUCCCUCCCCUCUCUGCGGCCCCUCAGCAUGGACACCUCCUGGAGCAAUUUCCUCUUCCAGACGACACCGACUCAGAGCCAACCUGAGACUCCGCUUCAGUCCGAGCUGAUGCCGGACCUGACCGGCUCGGCUCAGAGUCCUCCGGCGGAGCACGUUGUGACGCCCCCGUCCACUGUUGACACGGCCGCUCUGAGCGAGGAGCCGCUGCCAGUCAAGCCUCUUUCCAAACCGGGCCGUCCGGCCCACAUUUGCGCCACCUGCAACAAGGAGUUCAAGAACAGCUACAACCUGCGGCGGCACCAGUCCGUCCACACUGGCAUCAAGAUGAAGGACCGAGCGGCGCGGGAGAAGGAGGACGGAGCGAAGGCGGGACGGUUGGAGAAGCAGACCAUCCCCCUGUCUCUGCUUCAGCUCACACUGCCCCCUCAGCCUCCACCUCCUGCCUUCACCGGUCCAGACACCCUCUCCCAGUCCGGUCCACUUGCCAACCAGGACGCCCAGCCGGUCUCCGUGUCCAUCGCUCCGGCAACUGUCACCAUGGCUGCUCCGCCUCAGCCGAUCCAGGCUGCGAUCGUUGUCGUGGGCUCCAUGGACCAGAAUCCCAACCCAGCUCCCAACACCAACCAGGUGAGGAAGAACCACGCCUGCGAGGCCUGCGGCAAGGCCUUCCGAGACGUCUACCACCUGAACCGGCACCGGCUGUCUCACUCUGACGAGAAGCCGUACUCCUGUCCCAUCUGCCAGCAGCGCUUCAAGAGGAAAGACCGGAUGAGCUACCACGUCCGCUCUCACCAGGGCGGCGUGGAGAAACCCUACAUCUGUCCUCACUGCUCCAAGGCCUUCUCCAGGCCGGAUCACCUUAACAGUCAUGUCCGACAGGUCCACUCCACAGAGAGGCCCUUCAAGUGCACGACCUGCACGUCAGCGUUUGCCACACGGGACCGCCUCCGUGCUCACCUGAUCCGACACGAGGAGAAGGUGCCGUGCCACAUCUGCGGGAAGCUGCUGUCUGCUGCGUACAUCACCGACCACAUGAGAGUCCACAACCAGUCGCAGCAUCACUCCUGCCACCUCUGCAACCGCAGUUUCACCACCCUCACCUACCUGCGCGUCCACGCUCAGAAGCACCACGGUCAGGAGUGGAAGGAGAGCGGCGGGGUCCGGGGGGCCUUCGGUGGGGCCGGUGGCAUGCUGCUCUGUCAGCUCUGCGGGGUCCAGUGUAAGACAGCAACGCAGCUCCAGGGUCACAUGGGCACCCACGCCCAGCAGGGCGACCCCACCCCCAAUCAGACAAGCGAGAAGCCCGUUGACACCACCAGUGUGGCGGGUACCGUGACCCGUCCGAACACGGUGGGGCUGCUGGUGACUGACUGCUCCAGUAUUGCCGCCCAGCCCCACAGUUAGCACGCUCACAGGGAGGGGGGCGGGGCUUGGCGAGUAGGAGGAGGAGCCAGCAGCAGCCGGAUCAGAUUUUUGCCAAACAUGGACUUGGAUCGGAAGAACCUUUCUGUUAUUUUCUCGUGAUGCAGCUGAUCCGCCUCUGAGACUCUCACAGACUGCACACGGAUUGGAACCUAACGGACAUCGAAGAAAACCUGUUUGUUCAUGAUGGACGUGUAUUUUCUUAUCUCCAUGGUUUCCCAGUUAGCUGUCAUCAUGUCACCAGUUUAACUUUAAUGUGAGCUGCACGGCCUCUCAUGGUUUUGUAAUCCCGUUGCUGUUUUUAUCCCAUUUAUACUCCAUAAUAUCAGUGUUUGUUUCUGAUGAAACUGAUCGGAUUUAUACUCAGAAUUUCCAUUUUGCCUUCAUCGGAGCAGGCGGCGCUGACAGGAGCAGGUUUCUGACAGGCCGGGCCUCCGUGUGCAGAACUUGUUUUGUACAGCUAACGAAGGCAGACCUCUGGUGUGCUGUAAAUUCUCCUGAAGACUGAAUGUUUGGUAGUUCUCUGUUCCAUCAGAUGUUAUCUCCUUGAGUGAUUAACUGUUUCAUUGCUCCUUUGGUGACUCAUCUUCUAUGGCCGUUCAUAUUGAUUGUAACUGAUUGUUAUCACUGGAUUAAACUGAAGUCAAAAGCAAAAA